CUUUUCGCGCGCGGCGAGGGACCGGCGUGCACUCGAUCCGGGCUGCAUGCCGCGCAGGCGCCGGAAUCGGGUUUUCUACCGUAGCCAGCCCACGAGCCCCUCAGAGCUCGUGCACAUGGUAACAGCAAAGCAGCAACCGAUUCCAUUGAGCAAAUAUCAAAGACAUACCAAGCUCCGUGAGCUUGAAGCAUUUGUCGCCUCACCGUUUCGAAAGACACUUGCGAACUGCGAACUCUGAGGCGCCUGGGCGCCGCUCUUGCCUCCUAGCGGCUUUCUGUGCUGCUCGGAUCCGGCGGCGAAGGCAGAGGUGGAUCUUUCAAGGCCGUCAGGUGAGUUGGGGUGUGACGAGGUGCCUAGUAGGGUCCGGGCCGACCUCAGCGGCCCCGCUGGCCUGAGCCUUGUUCGGCGCCUGGGUGCUUCGUGUUGCAGCCUUUAGUCAAAAGGGCCGGGCUGCAGCAGCGGUGGCGCGCGGGAUCGCCAACGCUCGGCCGAGGGCAGGUCCGGCUACGGAAAGCAUUUUCGCCGCGCGCGCGUUUCCCGUUGCCCUGAUGCACGCCUGGGAGUCUCUCAUUCCGCCUCGUUUACUCCCGCAGGGCUCGCUGGCGCUUGGAGGGCUGCGCGCUGAGCCUUGCGCGUCUCGGAGCUUGCUUUUGAGCGCUCAGCUUACAGCUGGCCGUGCCUGCUGGCAAUUUUACGCGGCGACGUUCACCUAGAAUCCGCUACUUUCAGGCAUAGAUUUACAGCCUUCAGCGGCCGCGGCAGCUGCUGCGGCGGCUGCGGCCAACCCCUGCACGUCAAUGUCUGCGAACCCGGCCUACCCGGCCACUGGCGCCGACGUCGCGCCUAGCAGCAGCUGCUGCGACCACCAUCAGCAACAGCAGCAGCGACAAGAUGGCUGCAACGGCGCAGCCCAACCGAAGGGCCGCUGGGACAGCGACAGCCGCAGCGGCGCCAGCGGCGCUGCUACCGCAGCGGGCAGCAGCAAGGGCAGCUACGGCUCCUCAGUAGUGGGUCAACACAUCUCAGUCCUGGUGGACCGCAUGCUGAUGGCUGCCACAGUCCAUGCCUCAGAGGAAGACGGGGCGGCGGCCGGCGGCGGCCGCGCUGCCGCCACCGACCCAGUAGCGGCGGCGGCGCGGGCUGAGUUCUGCAUCGCCUGGCCGCCCACCUUCCCCGUCGGCGGUGCGGCAGAGGUCGUGGAGCUGCGUGCGGCUGUGUCGCUGCAGGCGGCGGCGCCAGUCGUGAAAUUCACCGCCGCUGCGGCCACCGCCACGGCGGCGACGACGGCUGGCGGCUGCCUGCCGGCCGCCUCCGCCACGUCUUGCGCCGCCUGCCUGAAAGCCGCGUGCGGCUGCGCCGGUGGCAACACCUGCAGCUGCAGCUGUGGCGACAGCGACAGCGCCGGGGGCGUGUCAGCGGCGGCUGUGGCGUGCUCGCGCCAGGCGCAUCUGGCGGCGGCGGCGGCGGCGGCGGUGUGCGGGCGCGUGCUGGCGGUGCGGGAGGACGUGGUGGUGGCGGAGGAGCGUGUCAGCAGUGAGGCCAUGGGCGGCGGCGGCCGCUGCAGCAGCCGGCUGCGCCUGAGCGCCGAGGCUGCGGGCGUCACCUCCUGUGUGCUGGCGUCGGCCGAGGGUACGCUCCCCAGUGUGGAGGCGCUGCAGGAGGCCGCGCCGCUGCUGGGGCUGCCGCAGGCAGCCCGCGACGAGGCACACAGGCUGCUGUGGCGCAUGAUGCAUGAGGCACUGCCCGCCAACCACUCGGCGCCGGCCUUUGAUGCCGAGGCCUUCCGGGGGCCCGUGGAGCACCUACCGGCCCGCCUGCAGGCCGCGCUGAGCUGGGCCUGGUCGCACCACUUCCGCGCCUUUGCACACGACUGGGCUUUCCUGCUCGACGGCCCCGCGCCCACAGCUACCGCCGCCCCUGCCGCCGCCAUUCCCGAGACCACCGCCUCAGCCUCUGCCGCCGCCGGUCCCGUGCCAGUGCUGACGGCGGCGGCGGACGAUGCUGACUUCAUCGAGGCCGCCACCACCGAGCAGGAGGAGGAGGCCGUGGCGGCGGCUCUGGCGGCGGCGGAGGAGGCGGCUCACUAUGAGUCGGUGCUGGCUCAGAUGAUCUGCUUCCUUCGCGACAACGACAUGUCUGCCUGCCUGGCCACAUUGCUGGCGGCACUGGCGGCGCAGCAGUCGGAGCCGGAGCAGCCGGAGCAACAGGCGCAGUCAGAGGCGCAGGCGGCGGGUGAGCAGCUCUCAUGUCAGGCGACACAGCUGCCAGCGCAGCAGCCUGCCACGCGGGCGGCCGAGGCGAUGACCCAGUUGCCGCCGCCGCAUGGCGAGCAGGAGCCCGUGGUGUCGGCAACUGCUGAGGAGCAGCCCGCGCUCAUCGCGCCAGCAGCGACCGCGGCGGCGGCGGCUCCGUCGUCUCCAAGGCGGUGGCAGCAGCAGGUGCUGUGUCUGCUACUCCUGCCGCUGCUUCAGCAGAUGGUGCCAUCACUGGUACCGCUGCUGCUGCUGCCUUCAGGCGGUGGCGGUGCUAAUGCCGUCGCGGCUGCUGCCGCCGCGGCUGUUGCUGCUGUUGCGGUGGGAGCGCUGGGCAUUGUGGCAGCUCAGCUGCUACGCCGGCAGGGGCUGCUGCCGCGGGGCACAAUAGCCGCAAGUGUCAGCGGUGGCGGCGGCCGGCCCACAGCGGACCAAGCACGGAUACUAGAGAGGCACCAUACCCACGCCACCAGCAGCAAUUGCAGUGCACGGGCCAGUACCAGCGACAGCGUCAACUGUUAUGGCGGCGGCUGGUGGGGACGCACUGCUGCAGCCGUGCGGCUGAGCCUCGCAACCUGGCACGCAGCGCGUGUGGUGGUGGCGGCGGCGGCGCUGGCAUCCGGCGUUUGGAAGGUGGCUGCGACGCUGACCGGCGCCAGCGCUGCGGCGGCACUGCUGCUGCCACCCGCGGCGUGGGGCGAAGCGCUGGCACGUCCGCUGGCGGCGGCGCCGACCAUGUGGCAGGAGGCAGCGGCGGCGGCGGCGGGCUGGUGGUAAUCCGGAUGUCCGCGGCUGCGCCGGCGGCUGUGGGGCUGGUUCCUUCGCGAGUGCCGGCAAGCGGCGCGCCCUCUGCGACGGCGGCUGGCUUUGCCGCCGCAACGGGUGCCGCGUCAGUCCCCGGCGGCUCAACGUUCCACGGUCUCGGCGGGGCGACCGGCGGCGUCGCGACGCUGGUGCUGCUGCCACUGCUGCAUGCCUUGCUGCUGCUACUGCUGCUACUGCCGCUACUGUCGGCGGCUGUGAUAUGAGUAAUUGCGCGCGGGUGUCGCCGCAUCCUGGUAGAGCAGUAGAUCAAGGCGUGCAGGUGACAUACAAGGGUUAGGCUGCUGGCUGGGCAGGGAACGACCGGCGCUGCAGUAUGAAGGGAAGCGAGCGGCGACGGCUCGGGGUACUGAAGCAGGUAGGGACUGGCGCAUACGCACGAUCGAUACCCACGGGGGUUAAAAAAAUGGGAAUUUGGUACGUGGCCGCGUGCGCGGUCUGGUAGCGGCUGACAAUUAUCCAUGAAAGAUGACACGCGGCAAAGGCAGUAAGAUGAAGAAGGCAAGGCGGCGCGCGUGGCGGAGGUAGCAAAGCCGUGGCAUGAUACAGCAGAAGGGGGCGAUUGAGAGGGGCGCACUGCUUCUGGUCAACUCCAAUUGUAUUGCUAUGAUCUCGGAAUUCGUGUUUUCGAUUUGCGUCGCGUCAAAUUGUUGGUGCUAGGGGGCUGUUGGGGGCUGCGGUGCUUGUGCGCGGAUGUACGCAGAUAGGGCUUUCAAUGUGAGGCGCAUCAGGAUAGGCAGGCGGCACGACUGCUUCUGAGGCGUUAGCAUUCGUGCAAGGGCGUACGUGCGUGUUGAUAUCCGGGAGGGAGGUGGUGUUGUGUGCGAGGGAGUAAGUGUACAACUGCGCCGAGUGCCCCUGUGUGCACUGCUGUGGGCGAAACACACCGCGUUUUUCUACCAUGUUGCUUGGGUGCCUCGCGCACCUGCAGUCGGACCUCGUAUGCUGCGGGCUAAUAAGCGGGUUUAGGGGCCAAGGACGUGAGAGCCAGGGCCAAGGAUGGGUGCGCAAGGACACUGACGGAGAUGGCGAGGAAGAGAGGAACCGCCGAGUAAUGAGAAAUGGUAAAUAAGGCCCGGAGAUUGUUAGGAGGCACUGGGACAGGUAGGGACGCUGGGUGAGUGUGCAGUGUGGUGCUGGCGUAAACAACGUUGUGCAUGGGCGAGUUCCAUUAUUACAUCAUGUCUCUCACAGCGUUUGUUGAUGUGGGAGUGCGGGCGCAUUAGCGCAUACAAUGAAUGUGUGUGUGCGAGGGAAGCUGGCAUACGUGUGCGCCAUGUGUAGGAGGUUGGGUGUGGUAGCUGUCCAAUCCAAACUGUGGCUGGGUGGCACGCGGGUGACCUCCGCAGCUGGUCACGGCCAAUCAGUGAGGCACUCGCGGCGUGACACAUGCGCCUGACUGCUGUGCUCUCUUUUUGUGUAUGGGCUGCAGCAAGGCUGCAGAGAAGGACGAAGAAGAGCAGGCAGAUUUGGUGCCGGCAGUACAGAGUAAGCUGUCGUGUCAGGUGGCCAGCAGGGGAGGACAGGGUAUGUGCGACGGAUGGCAGUCGUGGCACGCGCGCGGAGCCGGCAUACAGAUGACAUGGCGACAGGUGAACUGAAUGAGACUGGGGAGGGUGAGCCCGGGGGUGUAGCUAGCGGCAUGUGACGGAACGAACAGGAUGAACACGAGCAGCUGAGGGGAGCAGCAGCGGUGGCGUGGCGCGGGGUGGAGAUGCGAAGGAUAGAUGCAAGGGCCCCUGGACCUGCGCGGUGUGCACAUGAGUAUGCGAUACACCUAAAUGAACGACAAGAGAGAAGUUGAUAAUAGAGUGCCGCAGCAGGAUGGAUUCCGUUUAUAGAUUCAUAGCUUUAUGCAGUUUCAUCGGUGUUACUUAUGUCGUGCGUGGUUGCAUGCUGUCGCUAGCUGCAGUCAGGCACCAGCUGGCGGGGACGGAAACGAGUGGGUAGCUAGGUGACACGGUUCGAUGCACGGUCGUCCUGGUGACGGCGCCCCGGGUGACGGCGCCCCCACCAACCCGUGGUUGCGCCCUAGCAUGGUGCCGGCGGACGCUGCACAGCGGUACCCACGUGCAUGGUUGCUUGCUCGCACGUUGUAAUCUUUUUGAUGU